AUGGACAAACUGCAGGAGAUUGAGCAAACUAUGAAGACAACCAUCGAGAAACGGAAGUUCGAGAAAAGAAUAGAGGAGAUGGAAAACACCUUGCAAAUGGCAAUGAAUGAAAUGGAACAACGUCUGCAGAAGAAGCUUACCAAACAUGAAAGUAAUAUUAACGAAAAGAUCGACAUGGUGGAUACAAAAUUUGAAGCAAAAAUGCACGUAAUUGGAGAAUCUUUGAAAAAGAGUGUGAAGACAGCCGCACACAAUACACGGAAAAAAAUAGAGGAAUUGAAGAAUCGUUUGGUACCCAAGGUGGAACGCAUUCAGGAAACAUCGCUAACUGAGUUUAAGAAACUAGGAGAAAAUAAGGAAAUUAUUAAUUUGCUAACGAGUUCGAUACAUAAUUUAACUACCAAUGCAGAAACACGCAGUAAGACAUUGGAAGACCACUUAAUAGAUCCUGUCCGAUCAUGUCGUCAAGUUACCGGAGAAUCUGGAACGUAUCUUUUCCGUUUGUGGAAAAAAUCGAAACAAUUCGAGGUCUUUUGCGAACAAAAUAAGUUCAAAGGCGGCUGGAUUGUAAUCCAGCAUAGGUAUGACGGUUCAGUCGACUUUUAUCGAAAUUGGGCGCAGUACCGCAAUGGAUUCGGGAAUGUUGAUGGCGAAUUCUGGCUCGGGCUGGAAUACGUGCAUCAAAUUACUAAAAACCGACCGCAUGAAUUGUUGGUGGAGGUGAAAGAUUUUCAUGGAAACUACGGAUACGCUAAGUACGACGGGUUUGAGAUAGGGGACGAAUCGGAGUUGUAUGUGUUGAAGAAGUUAGGGACAUACUCAGGGACAGCAGGAGAUUCGAUGGAGUACCACAAGAAUAAAAAGUUUACCACAUUUGAUCGCGAUAAUGACGAAUGGAAUAGCAAUAAUUGUGCCAUGGUUGGGCACGGAGCCUGGUGGUACGAUCACUGCCACCAUUCCAAUUUGAAUGGACGUUAUCAGAACACAACAGGUGAUGCGAGUGCGAUGGUGUGGCAUCAUUUCAAAAACGACAAUCCUGGAUUGUCUUACUCGCGAAUGAUGAUCCGCAAUAUCAUUAAUUAA